AUGUUCAAGGGAAUUUACAAUGGAACUGAACGACACCAAGCCGAUCUUUCAACAAUACUUUCUCGUUCGGAGAGCGCCGGAGUCGUCAAGACAAUGGUCACGGCGGGAACCCUUGCGCAAUCCCAGGAGGCGCUACAACUGAGCGAGAGUGAACCGUCUCUUUUUUGCACAGUUGGUGUGCAUCCCACGAGGGCCCUAGAAAUGAAGGACAAUCCAGGGGCACACAUAGAACACCUUCUCGCUGUAGUAGAGGAGGGCAAAAACAAAGUUGUUGCGAUUGGCGAAUGUGGUCUAGAUUACGACAGGACGAAAUUUUGUUCCCGCCAAGAUCAAAUACCGGGCUUCAUUGCCCAGUUUUCAUUAGCAGAGAGGACGGGUCUCCCAAUGUUUUUACAUGACAGGAAUACAGAAGGAGACUUUUUCCGUAUCAUCAAGGAUAAUAGAUCUAGAUUUACGACAGGCGUUGUACACUCCUUUACAGGAACCAUCCAGGAGAUGAAGGCUUACGUCGCGCUAGACCUGUACAUCGGAAUUAAUGGCUGUUCCUUGAAAACUGAGGCUAACAUUCAAGUUGUCAAGGAUACUCCUCUGGAUAGAAUAAUGUUAGAGACCGAUUGUCCUUAUUGUGAGAUUAGACCCACUCAUGCAGGUUCGUCUUGGGUGAAAAGCAAAUGGCCGUCGAAAGACAAGAAAAAAUAUUCUCCUGAAGCACUCGUGAAAGGACGUUCGGAGCCUUGUCAGAUUCGGCAAGUUUGCGAGGUUGUUGCGGCGGCUAAAGGCAUCGCGGACGAAGAUGUCGCCCGAGCAGCCUUUAACAACACAAUGAAGGUGUUCUUUUCGAAAGAGGCCAAGAAUAUGGGCUCCUCCCCCUUCGAUCUAAGCGUCAACGCGAUACCCCACGGGCACUAA